AUGGCAACUGGAGUGAACUGUUCUGUGAACGACGAUAUUGGCAUAGUGCAUUCGAAACCAUCACAGAAUUUCGUUGUUAUGAGCUGGAAUGUGUUGCAUAUUAUACACGAGUUGAACUAUGUACCAAACCUCAGCUUAGUGCUUAAUCAUUAUUCAAUUAAUGAAAACUUGUCUAAUGAAAAACUACGACUUCACGACAUUAUAAAAGUAUUAAGAAAGCUAUUAAGUGAUCAUUCCACCAUGGAAUGUUUCAUAUGUUUGCAGGAAGUUCCUGGCGACUUACUCCCAAUGUUAAUUGAAAUGUCUGAUUCCCAUAUUGACUUGGGUUUGACAAGUAAACCAUUGAUUCACAUACACGUUUACUCACGGAAACCAAUGCUUAUGCAUAGACAGGGAGAUUCUCCGUACGUUGACCCGAAUGAAAGUCUUGUUACAAUUCAUUAUAAUCCGUGUUUGGUUUCUUCUACACAGCACAUUUAUCCUGACGAUCGAGUACUCUGGACACCUUGUCCUACAGAUGCUGGUAAAGGUGCUCUUACAUUGAUGACGACAUCUGGACUAACAGUUGUAAAUGUACACGUACCAUAUGACAACCAAGCAGCUACUCUAUUACUGAGCAAUAUACCGUGGUCUGAAAACAGCAACGGGUUUGUGUGCGUUGGUGAUAUGAAUCGCUAUUCAGAAACUCUCAUGAAAAUGAUUGCUGAGGUUACAGCUGAUAAAGAUGGUACUCAUCAAUUAUAUCCUAUCAAAACCGAGAAACCUACUAGAGUUGGUAUGAAACAGGAUGGCACCCACAACAAAACAUUGAUAGAUCAUUUUGUUAUUUCAGCAUCGCUGAAAGGUUUAGUCAAUUAUCCUGCUAUUGUUUUUGAUGACAUUGGUGAUAUUUCUGAUCAUUAUCCAAUUUUACUUGAAUUCAAAGACCAGUAA